AUGUCGGGUCACUGUGGCUCCACAGCAAGUGCAGGAUCAGGACCUGGAGUCGUCAAGUACGGCCAUCAACGUUGUCUAGCCCCCGUUGCCAUGUCCUGCCUGUCAUCUACCCCUACUUUGCUGGCUGUCCCCGAGUUGAAGCACGCAGACCGCCACAGUGAUGUGGAAAGCACCGUGGUGGGUGAGCACAGCGACAUUGAAACUGUCGAGGAUUCUUGCCCUUCCGAAGUCCCAUCGCCGCGCUCCAGUGGUAUGGCUGACGUGUGCGAAGACGAGGAGGGCCUGUGCAACGUGGUUGUGAGGAGCACGUUCAUCGAUGUGGAUGAUGGCCGAAGCCUGAUGCAGCGCUACAGGCAGCUGCGCCGAGCAAUGACGGAUUCGCUCUUGACGGGAGCCCUUGCAGACGAGGAGCCGUACUAUCCAGGUAGAUUCAGCGAUGAACGUGCUGAGGCGCAGGAGGCUGUUAGUGCACCUUCUGUUCCGGCAGCACCGGCAGAGCCAGCACCUCAGCCGGCAGCGGGGACGGGCCGGGACGCCAAGCACGCAAGUGCCGAGCGCACCACCCUCAUGCUGCGGAAUGUGCCCAACAAUUAUAGCCGCGAGAUGUUCCUGGCCAUGCUGGACGAGCACGGUUUUGCCGGUCGCUACGACUUCGUCUACCUGCCCUGUGACUUCUACCGUCAGGCAAACCUCGGCUACGCCUUCGUGAACUUGGUGGAUGGCGCGGCCGUGGAUGCCUUGUGGCGGACCUUCGAUGGCUUCUCGGGCUGGGCCCUGCCCACGGCCAAGGUUUGCCAAGUGAGCUGGAGUGGCCCUCACCAGGGCUUCAAGGCACAUGUGGAGCGCUACAGGAACAGCCCUGUGAUGCACCGAAGCGUGCCGGACGAGUACAAGCCUGUCAUCUUCAAGAACGGCGUGCGCAAGAACUUCCCACGACCAACCAAGAAGGUCAAAGCACCGACUGCAGGCUUCUGA